CGUGGCGUGGACGUGCCUUUUGGAAAACCGCUUAAACAUGCAACGAUUCUUGGGAAGGAGCAGCCAGAGCCUGCUGCUGAGAUGUGGACACCGCUAUCUGGCCACCACGCCCGUGGAGGAGGUGCUAUUCCCCACCAAAUCCGAUUUUCCCAGUCGCCAUAUUGGACCCCGGAAAACGGAUGUUGUGGCAAUGCUGGACACCUUGGGGUUUAAGUCCCUGGCUGAGCUCACCGAGAAGGCUGUGCCCCAGAGCAUUCAACUGAAGAGGGAACUCGACCUGGACAAACCCCUGAACGAGCACGAGCUAAUCCGUCGUAUCCGCGACAUCUCCCUGAAGAAUCAGCUGUGGCGCUCCUACAUCGGUAUGGGCUACCACAACUGCCAUGUGCCGCACACCAUUGUCCGGAAUAUGUUUGAGAAUCCGGGCUGGACCACGCAGUAUACACCUUACCAACCGGAAAUUGCCCAAGGCCGAUUGGAGUCUCUGCUGAACUAUCAGACUUUGGUAUCCGAUCUCACGGGUCUGGAUGUGGCCAAUGCUUCGCUUUUGGAUGAGGGAACUGCUGCCGCCGAGGCCAUGUGCCUGGCCACGCGUCACAACAAGAGGAAGAAGCUAUACCUCUCCAACAGAGUACAUCCCCAGACUCUUUCGGUGGUGAAGACGAGAGCCGAAGCUCUCGAGCUGGAGAUUGUGGUGGGACCCAUUGAGCAGGCGGAUCUGCCCAGUCGUGAGCUGGCCGGUAUUCUGCUCCAGUAUCCGGAUACCUAUGGUGAUGUCAAGGACUUUGAGGACAUUGCUGCAUUGGCCAAAAAGAACGGAACCCUUGUGGUGGUAGCCACCGAUCUUCUCUCCCUGACCCUGCUUCGUCCUCCGGCGGAAUUUGGAGCAGACAUUGCCGUGGGGACCUCUCAGCGUCUGGGAGUUCCCCUGGGUUAUGGUGGCCCCCAUGCUGGAUUCUUUGCCUGCAAACAGAGCCUGGUACGCCUGAUGCCAGGUCGCAUGAUCGGCGUGACCCGGGACAUGGACGGUAAUGAUGCCUAUCGCCUGGCCCUCCAGACACGCGAGCAGCACAUCCGCAGGGACAAGGCUACGAGCAACAUUUGCACGGCUCAAGCUCUUUUGGCCAAUAUGUCGGCCAUGUACGCCAUCUACCAUGGACCAGAGGGUCUGAAGGCCAUGGCUAAUCGCAUCCACCACUUUACGCUGACCCUGCAAACGGGACUACUGGGUGCAGGCCACGAAGUGAUCAACAAGAACUUCUUUGACACUUUACAUAUUAAACUGGCUGGAAACCAGUCUCUGGAGGAUCUUAAAGAGCGCGCCGAGCACAAGCGCAUUAAUUUGAGGUACCUGGAAGAUGGCACAGUCGGCGUGGCUCUCGAUGAAACUGUCAGUGUGGCGGAUGUGGAUGAUCUGCUGUGGGUGUUCAAGGCGGAGGCUACGGUGGAGCAGUUGCUGGCACGUCGCGAUGUUCUCAAAAAUUCCAUUGAAAACUCCAAGUUCCUGCGUACUUCUGCAUACCUGCAGCAUCCCAUUUUCCAGAGCUAUCACAGCGAGUCCCGCAUGGUGCGCUAUAUGAAGAAACUGGAGAACAAGGACAUCUCUCUGGUGCACUCCAUGAUUCCCCUGGGCUCUUGCACCAUGAAGCUCAACUCCACCACGGAGAUGAUGCCCUGCUCCUUCCGCCACUUUACCGACAUUCAUCCCUUUGCUCCUGUAGAGCAAGCCCAGGGAUUCCAUCAGAUGUUCAAUGAACUAGAGCGUGAUCUGUGUGAGAUUACGGGCUACGACAGGAUCUCCUUCCAGCCCAACUCAGGAGCACAAGGAGAGUAUGCCGGAUUGAGGGCCAUUAGGAGUUACCAUGAGCACCGAAACGAGGGACACAGAAAUAUCUGUCUGAUCCCCAUUUCCGCCCACGGCACGAACCCAGCCUCUGCCCAAAUGGCAGGCAUGAAGGUGGAACCCAUUAGGAUCUUGUCGAAUGGCUCCAUUGACAUGGCCCAUCUGAGAGCAAAGGCCGAGGAGCAUGCCAAUGAACUGUCCUGCCUGAUGAUCACCUAUCCGUCCACCAUGGGCGUCUUUGAAGAAACGGUGGCAGAUAUCUGCACGCUGAUCCACAAGCAUGGAGGCCAGGUCUACCUGGAUGGUGCCAAUAUGAAUGCUCAGGUGGGCUUGUGCCGGCCCGGAGAUUACGGCAGUGAUGUGUCCCAUCUUAACCUGCACAAGACCUUCUGUAUUCCCCACGGCGGCGGUGGUCCUGGAAUGGGUCCCAUUGGCGUCAAGUCUCACUUGGCUCCGUAUCUGCCAGGACAUCCUGUGGUGAGUCCGCUGAGCAGCGAGGAGCACAGCUUUGGCGUGGUCUCUGCCGCACCCUUCGGCAGCUCCGCCAUCCUGCCCAUCUCCUGGUCCUACAUCAAGCUUAUGGGCAGCCGAGGCCUGAAGAGAGCCACCCAAGUGGCCAUCCUGAACGCUAACUACAUGUCCAAGCGGCUGGAGCAGCACUACAAGACGCUCUACAAGGCACCCAACUCGCAGCUGGUGGCCCACGAGUUUAUUUUGGACAUACGCGACCUGAAGAAAUCGGCCAACAUCGAGGCUGUGGAUGUGGCCAAGCGACUGAUGGACUAUGGUUUCCAUGCUCCCACAAUGUCCUGGCCUGUGGCCGGAACGCUGAUGAUUGAGCCCACGGAGUCGGAGGAUAAGGAAGAGCUGGAUCGGUUCUGUGAUGCCAUGAUUUCGAUUCGAGAGGAGAUAGCCGAGAUCGAGGCAGGACGCAUGGACAAGGCAGUGAAUCCUUUGAAGAUGUCACCACACACCCAGGCCCAGGUCAUCUCAGACAAGUGGGAUCGGCCUUAUACACGAGAGCAGGCUGCCUUCCCAGCUAUCUUUGUUAAGCCUGAUGCCAAAAUCUGGCCCACUGUGGGCAGAAUCGAUGAUGCCUAUGGUGACAAGCAUCUCGUUUGCACCUGUCCGCCCAUAUUGCCUGAUUUGUAAGGAGUUUAGACCUAAGGAAAAUGUUAAAAACCAUCUGUUUACACUUAAUUUUUAAUAAAAACAACUAAAGUA